AUGCAGCGGCGUCGAGAAAAUUUUGGGUCCCCUCUCAAACGUUCAACUACAACCCCGGACCUUCGAACCAGGUCGGAACAGCUCUUGGAGGACGGUCUAGAGGACGAGGAUGAAGAUGACGAUGAGGAAACGCUGAAAUUGAAGUUAGCAGCAAUCGAGGCGCGACUGAAGCUGAAGCAACUUCAAAAAAAUCGUGGGAGGCCAGGCACUUCGGGAUCAGACACACACGACAGAGACGGCGCGCUGUCCAGACCAGGGUCGGCGGUUAGCGCCUCGUCACGGACUCAAGAUAAUAUACCAAGGAUGAAGGGCGCGAGAGACGCAACUAGCAGACUCGAGCCCAAUGAUGUGCAGGUCCCAUUGUCACCGACACGACGUCCGGUAGUCGCAGCUCCACCCGCCUCCCCGCGAAGGUAUAUACUCGGCAUCGACAAGGGCCUCAAAGGCAGUGAUGUUUCCCUUAAGCGACCCCCAAGCUCAAGGACUACUGGCCGACCGACCAGCGGAGGUGGUAUUCGAGACGGUAUGACUUUGCAUUCCCACACUGCUCUAACGCAGGCUUUGGCAGGGGAACCAGGAAACCGCCCCAAGAGCUUCAGUGAGCGAAUGGCCGAGAGCAGAUCUGCCGACAAACUCCGAAGGGAACGGGCAGAGAGGCUACAAGUCAACAGGAGUUCAGCGUUCCAAUUCGACAAGGCAGAGGUGGACGCAUUCAAGGCGGCAGCCGAGGCCAGGAAGGGGUCACCUACAAGGUCACCAACCAGAAAUCGACAGACCGAAAGCUUCAGCCGAGAAGACAUUCUGCGGUCAUGCAAUAAUCUCAAACCUGCAGGUUUAAAAAGAAGCCAGACUCUUCCCAGUGUACGGAGGAACCUUGAUCAGGAUGAGCCCGGAUCAUAUCUCCAUAGACGAAACCAGAAGUCUGAAUCGGAAGCACAAGCAGCUUCGUCUACAAGCUUUGAACAUACCGGCUCGGAUGAAUCUCGCGAAGGGAGUGUGCUAGACAAGACUCCUGACGCUUCGAAAUUCGAAGCCUUUUCCUCACUCCACCUUUCUAACCGCAUUCUACCUCACUCCUUUCUAACCCGUACCCUUGCUGACAAGAAGGUCCUCCGGAUUCCCGAUCUUCUGAGAACAGUGAAGGGGCCUGCCUUUGAGCUCCCUGAAACUAUCAACGGGGACUAUGUGGUCUUCGGAAUAGUAGCCUCGAAGUCAGAGCCCAGAGAUAUUAAAGAGUCGAAAAAAGUGUCCGCAAAAGAAGCUGAUCCUUUUGACGAAGGACUCAACAACAACAGCAGAUACAUGUGCAUCCAGCUCACGGACCUGAAAUGGACCAUUGAUCUUUUCCUUUUCGAUACUGCUUUCCCGCGAUAUUACAGACUAUCUGAGGGGAUUCUCAUCGCAAUCCUGAACCCAACCAUUUUACCCCCACCGAAGCACAAGCUAGAUACCAACAAAUUCAGUCUCGCAAUUUCAUCGUCUGACGACAAGGUCCUGGAGAUAGGCUAUGCGCAAGACAUCGGCUUCUGUAAGGCCGUCAGGAAGGACGGCAAAACAUGUCAGGCUUGGGUUGACGCCCGUAAGACCGAGUUUUGCGACUUCCACAUCGAUAUCCAAGUUCGACGCACCCAGUCUCAAAGAAUGGGCGUAAACGGCGGGACAGGCAUGUUCGGUCCCGGUGGACGCUCUGGACCACGAACCGGCUUUUUCGGUGGAGGCAAGGGGAAAGGAGAAGGACCCCGAAAGGGACUGAAACAAAAUGGUGCCCAGUACGAUUUCCAAUCUCAGUCUCUAUACUACGUUGCGCCGGCCCCCAAGUCUCGAGCUGGCAAUAGCUCCUCCUUCGUUAUGCCAGGAGGCCAGUCUGCCGCUAGACUUAUCGAUGCCGAUGACGAAGACCCAUUCAUCGCUGCAGGCAGAAUGGGUCGCGGAAUGGAAAACAAAGAAGAACGAUUCCGUAGACGUCUUAUGGAACAGCAGCGUGAGCGCGAUAUCGCCCAGAAGCUCACGUCUCGGGGAAUCGGCAUGGGCGCCGAAUAUCUUCGUGCUCGAAAUUCCGGGAACAGCUCGUCUCCUCUUCCGGAGAAUAUCACACCGGCGAAGACAAACCAAAAUGCGGCGGAGACCCCUUCGAGUCACUCCGGCCUCCUGGGUUUCAGGAAAGCAAACACGGUGAAGUUAGGCCCGUUGAAGCGCGCUCACGAUGGUACACAUGGUAGUAGCGUGAAAAAGACCCGCUUCAUCACCGCCAAGGGUAUCAAGGAAGCCGGACGAGAUAGCCUUGGAAUGUCCGAAGCGACUAAGACAGGCUUCGAUGAUGACGAUGACGACGAGCUUGAUAUCAUAUAA